UAUGGAGUCAUUGAGUGUGUCAUCGUUAAGUGUUCUUAAAGUGAUGGUUGUUGGUGACAUUAGCGUGGGGAAAACGAGUUUGUUGCGAAGAUUCCAUGAGCACACGUUUGAUGAAACGCAAUCUGGGUUUUCUGUUGGAGUUGACUUCGUCAUUCAUAAUAUUAGGAUUGACGGGAAAGUCUUAAAGCUACACCUGUGGGACACUGCCGGUGAAGAGAGGCAUCGUUCAUUAACUGAAAUCUACUAUCGUGGAACACUGGGUGCAAUGCUUGUCUUCGAUGUCUCACAAAGGCAAUCCAUCGAAAACAUCAAAACCUACUGGCUACCAGAGCUGCUUCGUAGAACAGAAUCUGAUGUAGCGAAAGUAUUGGUAGGAAAUAAGAGUGACUUGGAGGCUGAAGUUAGCUGUGAAGAAGCUCGGGACGUAGCUGCUUCAUACGGCAUGUCAUACAUCGAAACGAGUGCUAAACUUGACAGCAACGUCAAUGAGGCCUUCACCACACUCACGCAAAUGAUCACAGAACGUUUCAGUCAAGAGCAGUUGUCAACUCCCUCCACGACAGCAUCACCAAUGGAGAGUCUCUUCUUACACGAACACAACCAGCCGAGUGCUGGACAAGGCACCUGGGCAUGUUGCCCGUAGAAUAGUGACAAACAACAACAACAACACACACACACACACACACACACACAGUCAUACACCUAACGCUACUUAAUUAUAAUAAACCUUGAGUCCAUAAAUUUUUUAUUAACUAUUAUGUUGUAUUAUAUAACAUUAUUGAUAUCAACAAGUAUAUAAAUUUGUAGUUGAUUGGCAAGCUUGUUACUGAACACUUUGGCAUCACAGCUAACUGUUUGUUGCAGGGUGGAGAGCAGCUGCGACCAACAGACAGACAGACAGACUGACAGACAAUAGACAAACAGACGACAGACAGACA